CCGGACCCUUCCCUAGCUCAGAAUCUCAUGUGAAACCGCGUGAUAAGGCUGAGUGCUAUAUAAUACUGCCUAUGGAUGAUGUCUACAGCUCUAGCAGCCGUGGAAUAUUCCUAGGUCUGGCCAGCUAUGAUUGCUCUGUGACUUUUAACCACUUUCAUCGCGAGGGCCUCAGCUAUUUAUAAUAACAUCACUAUUCUCUGCAUAAUUGGCAAGGCUACAUAUCUGAUGGAAGACUGUCUGGUUCCUGCUUGCUCUGCUGGAUGGGAUGUGGCUUCAACUAUACGCAUAUCUCCAACACCCAGUUCUCUAUCCUCGAUUCGAUGAAGGCGAAACAACAGACAAAUAUGGAGUCAACUGCUAACUGCCAACCUGUACAGAUCAAUUACCCGUCGUGGAAUACUAUUUAUCGAUUCCCUCAUCGCGAAUACCAUCGAAGAGUUGCCGAAGGACUCUGUAACAAGACAGACGAUGCGGAAAAUUAAACCAUUAGACGCAUUUCGAUAAAGCCACCCAUCCCCAAACCCGAGCCAGCCAUAAGUUAUAUUUGGACGAAGAAUAAUCAUGACAGACGGCGAAACACCAUUAGGCUCAGCAUCAGCUCCAGCGACGACCAUAGAUGCCUCAGCGGAAGCUCAAACUCCUACUCAGGGCGAGCAAUCUGCCACUACCCACGUUAACGGCCAGUCAAAUACCACUCCGGAAGGAUCGCAACACACAUCAGCUGUAGAUAACAGUUUGAACCAGCCUCCCGCGACCUCAAACCCUCCGCCACAGCCAUCCGUACCGCAGACAGAAGCCCCGGAUCCCGUCUAUCAGCUGGCUGCCGCAAGCUCGGCGCUGGAUGCCUCUCAGUCAGGAGCUGUUGACCAUGCUGUACAGCUUCAAGCCCUACAGCAAUUCAACAAUGAUCAGGGUCCUUUCGAUCCCCAUACUAACUCAGCCCCUCAUGGCGCACCAGCUUCCGUUCCUCCAACAGCUCCAGCUCCAGCAGCCCCAGCUGCCGUAACCCAUAUCACUCAGUAUUACGGCGAGAUCCCAGCCGGAGGCUUCACAGAUGGGUUCGAACUGGUAACAGACGAGAGCGCCGCGAAUCGCAUGAAGAGAGAUGUCAAGCGAAGGACAAAAACAGGCUGUCUUACGUGUAGGAAGCGCCGAAUAAAGUGCGACGAACGGCAUCCUGUGUGUCGAAACUGCGAGAAGAGUAAACGAGACUGCCUGGGGUACGACCCGGUGUUUAGAAGCCAGCCAGGUCCCUCAUCGCUGCAGCCGGCGCCAACAGCACAUCCCUCGCUUCAAGUUGCGCCCCAGAACCCUCAUCAGGCUACCGGUCUCAAUCAAGCGUAUCUUCCUAAUAAUAGUACGGCGCAUUCUGUUUCUCCCUCUAUCAAUACAGGUUCAUCGGCAUCACCCCCUCAGGAGAAGCUCGACUUUGGCACUGAACCGGAACCUACUCCGUUAGCAGCAGCUCAGCCGGCACAAGCUGCACCAGCCGCACCCGUCACAGCUUCAACUGCGCAAUCGAGAAGUGUUACCCCUAGAGUUGCUGAAGGCCACCCAUUAAUCGCUGCGUCGACAACAUUGCCCAAUUCGGAAAAGAUGGAACCGAGACAACCUAAAAUGAGUGAACUACUAGCAAUUGGUGGAUUUGCUUUACCAGAAGUUGAUACUAAUCCUCUGUCGCCUACGAAACUGGAAGAGGUAAAGAUGCUGUACAGGAUCUAUGCUCAAGGAAUGGACCGGCUGCUUGAAUGUAACUGGUACGACUCGCACGGACUAACCCAAUUACUUGGCAACCCUCGUCUGCUGUCCCUGUACUCUUCUCUCCUCGACGGAUUCACCGAUCCAAACAUAAACGAUGCUCCGGUAAUUGCUCGUAUGGAAUCGUUCGAAAGCAACGUCAUAUGGGAAAGUCUUUGCCUAUGCCGUGCAGCUCGAGCUCAGGAGCCGACUAAUGGAACCGACUCUUCAGACUCGACGGAUCCUCAGCUCAUAUCUGCUGUCAAGCGCCUAUCUCUUCUUGAAGCCUUACUUACAGGAACUGUUCUUGAAAACAAUCCCGUUUCUCGUCACAAUUAUCCAGAAGAUGACCCUGCUGUCACCACAUCUGGGUUGAACACACAGAUCAAGAACCGCCAGCUGGGAUUCUGGGAGUCGAUGGGUGACUAUCUGUCAAUUCCGGACAAUGAACCAGAUGCGAGCGACAAACGGGACAAAGCUCUCUUCGCGGCUCGUGCGUUCCUUGAUAUGAUCGAAAGCCGUGAUGUCGUGUACUCUAUUGCUGUGGUCAGGAACAUUUCUAAAUUCCAGCCGCGAAAGUUUAAACUUCCUGUUGCCUCAGACGAAAAGGACCCCGCUGCAAAGCUAUAUGUAGCAUGUCGAUUCCUUGAGGAUGAAGUUCGUGGGAAGGCGACCAACCAGGUCACUCGACGUAUCUCUCAGCUAACGGUCAGGUAUUGGGAUGAGCCCUACAACGUCUGA